AUGAGCUCACCCCCGUUCAAGCACUUCGCAAAGGCCCAAACCGAGUUCAAGCCUCCUCUAAUUGCCAAUGAGAACGCAUACCUGGGCGACGUCGUCUCCAGCACCGACGCUGAGAAGCCCAUCAGCGCCGGUUUCUACAGACUCGAGAAAGGUACUCCUCUGGUCUACACCUACACCUACGACGAAAUGAAGAUCAUCGUCGAAGGUGAAUUCGAUAUCACAGACGAGACGGGCCAAUCUGUUCAUGCUACCCCCGGUGACGUCUUCUAUUUCCCCAAGGGUAGCAAAAUCACCUUCACGACUGAGUCGUACGGUUUGGGUUUCUAUUGCGGUCAGCGCAAGGAGGGCACUGCUUAG